AUGGUUCAAAGCCCGGCCCCAUACCAUACCUCCUCCAGUGGAUGGGGUUUGACUCACUGGGGGACGGACAUGGUUGAUGUAUUGUUUGAUGCCUACGUUAAUGGGGACAACCCUUCUCAGCGCAACGAAAUUGCCACUUCCAAUUUUGCCCGAUACGGGAUCAGAUUGGAUGGAGAUGCCUUUACUAACUUUCUUUUGCGUCACUAUGGCAUUCUCCCAUACUACGGGUUCAAAGGACUGUCUUACCGCAAUGUUCUCGAUCGUAUUUACGCCGAAAUUCCCUAUGAGCCGGAGUGUGAACGUGCCCGAAUCAACGACGCCGUACGAAUAUGCGACAAGCGUUACCUGACGCUUGUGGACGAGAUGGAUUUGAACAUUCUAUACCGCGAUCUCUUGGUACGACUCUAUGGCUCCCCCUUUGAGCCAGCAGAGAACAUUGCCCACGCCAAGAAGCUCAUCCAGGAGUAUCGCAUUAUUGACGGCUCCGUGUAUGGUCCUUCUCUGUCCCUUUGA